CAGCAUUGUGUUUUCCCUGCCCCUGGCUUCAUGCUGAAGCUUUCAGGAACUUUUUUUUAAAAGCCGCUUAGUGCAGAGAGCUACUCGUGUCUGUGUUUGCGCCCACGGUGCACAAAGUGAGUUUCCACUGAGAGGAGCCUCCUCAGUGCGCAUGGCACAAAGGUAACAACGGGCUGCAACGGAGUGAAAAUGUAAAUCCUGUCAUCUGAAGACUACCUCAAGGACGCACGAGGAUGCGCCUUUUUUUCCUCUGCCAGCUGCACAUUUCAAGCAGGGUGUUUUUUUUUCAUCCUCUUCUGUGGUGGGAUCCCGUAUUUCCUCUGGUUCACAGCGAAGAGUGAUGUGACCAUAUGCGCUGAUGGGGUGCAGCGUGCUACUAAAACAUCCAAAUAAAGCGUCCACACUUCUCCUCCAGAUCAGUCGAGCCUGACGGGAGAGGACUUUAACCGAGAGCGCCUAAAAAUCAACAACUUACAGAAAUCCGAUCUUUUCGCGGGAGAUCCAUUUUUUUCUUUUGGUGCAGGGGACCCGGAUAAUACUACUACUACUACUGCUGCUGCUGCUUGUUUUUUGUACAAAGAAGCGCAUCCUGUUGGAUUUAAGCUGCAGUCCACUUCACCCUCAACUGCAUUGGCACAAGUGUGAGAAGAAAAAUGUGCGCGUUAUGAAACUAACUCUGCGGCGGAUCUACAGACUAAUAUCCACAAGUGGGUCGUUUUUCUGCCUCUCAGUCGCACAGAAUACCACUUCACAACUACAAUGAGACAACGUGGUGGGCUCACUGGGGGGACUGUUGCCUGUAGAAGUGCAGAGAGAGAGCAGGACAGUGACUUCCAGAGGGUAGACGAGUGAAUGCCGUCUCCGAUGUGGAGCUUGUCGCUGUCCGACGCGCGAGUGGUGCUGAAAUUUGGAUGAUGCCUGGCCAGCGACUGCAAGGCUGCCGCUCCCUGCACUUCAACGAGGACAACGGCCGCUUCGUGCUGCUCGCCAUCCUCAUCCUCCUGUACCUGCUGUGCGGCGCUGCGGUCUUCUCGGCCAUAGAGAGGCCCUCAGAGCUGCGGGCUCACGGCCGCUGGAACGGGACGCUCCACAACUUCAGUGAGACCUUCAACAUCAGCCUGCAGGACCUCAACUCGUUCCUGCGGGAGUACGAGGCUGCCAUCGCCGCCGGCAUCCGCGCUGACGCUCUGAGGCCAAGAUGGGAUUUUACAGGAGCUUUUUAUUUUGUUGGAACUGUGGUGUCGACUAUAGGUUUUGGGAUGACAACACCUGUGACGAUUGCAGGCAAGGUGUUCCUGAUCUUUUACGGGCUUCUGGGCUGCGCUGCCACCAUCCUCUUCUUUAACCUCUUCCUGGAGCGUAUCAUCACACUCCUGGCCGUGGUGAUGAAGGCCGUGAGGGAGCGACGGAUCAGGAACAGCGGUCUGCUCCCACCAGGAAUCCGCCACGAUUUCUCAGCCUACUCCCUGCCAGGAUGGAAACCCUCGGUGUACCACGUGAUGCUGAUCCUCGGCCUGUCAGCCAUCACCAUCUCGUGCUGUGCGUCGGCCAUGUACUCCCCCGUCGAGGGCUGGGCUUACCUAGACUCACUUUACUUCUGCUUCGUCACGUUCAGCACCAUCGGCUUUGGGGACUUUGUGAGCAGCCAGAGCGCGGCGUACGAAUACCAAAGCCUCUACAGGGUGGCCAACUGCUGCUUCAUGCUAAUGGGCGUGUGCUGCAUCUACUCGCUGUUCAACGUUAUUUCUAUCGUCAUCAAGCAGGUGCUCAACUGGAUGCUGGAGAAAAUGAGCUGCUUGUUUUGCCAGCGCUGCAAUAAGGCCAAUGCCUUCCUGAGCAGACGCAACGCCAUCCGCCCGGGUUCCAAGAGCCGCCAGAGUCGGUUCGACAAGCCCGACUCAGAUGGACCCUGUGAUAGCGACACUGAGGGACGCAGACUAUCAGGGGAGAUGAUCUCUAUGAAAGACCUUGCAGCCUCUAACAAGGUGUCUCUGGCCAUCAUGCAGAAGCAGCUGUCUGAGUCUGCCAACGGAUAUCCCAGAACAGUCUGUGGCAGCUCUCGCCAUAAUGGUUUCUCUGGGGUUGGAGCUCUGGGGAUCAUGAACAACAGGCUAGCAGAGACAAGUAACUCCAGGUAGAGGACACAGUGAGACAGAAAGUACUGGAGCUCUUUAUUCUAACAAACCAAGAGGUUGAACGCCAUAUAACAAUACCAGGCUUCUGAGAGGGACUGUCAGUGUAACUUGUUAUGCAUGAUACAUAUGAUUUUUUUGAUACUUUUGGUUGGAAUUACAAGCCUGUGGUGAUAAAACAGGGAAUGAUGGUGAUGAUUUUGGUGAAUAUGAUGAUGGCAUGAAGAGAGAACCACAGAGUCAUCAAAAAAAAGAAAAACAUAAGUUGAUGUGGAAGCAUGGGGACCACCCGCCACUCAUUUCAUCAACCUCAAAUGAGAACAAAUCACUGAAAAUCUCUGAAAAAUCAGUGUUAGUCUGCAGAAUACAUAGCCUGCUAUGCUCGCUCGAUAUAUGAGACUUAAACAAACUAUAAUGUUGUGCAGUAAAGGAACCACGGGAAGCGUAGAGCCUCGUCUUUACAGUUUUGGGGGGUUUAUUUGAAUGUACAUACUGAAUGCUGAUAUACACAAAUGUAAUCGCUGAAUGAUAUAGCACAUACUGAUCUAUGCAUUAUACUUUUCAUGCAUUUUUGCACCAUUUCUAGACCUUCCAUCGAUUGCGUAAAACACUCCCUUUAUUUUGUCCUCUUCUAUCCUCAGGUGAUUGCUUUCAUUUUUUGGGGGGAAGUAGAGUUUCUAAGAGUGACCAAGAUGUAGCUGAUUUGAGCAGGGUGGUAGUGAAGGGUGUUACAGUGGCACAGAAACAGGCUACAAAGAGUUAUUUCCUAUUCCUCAAGAUGGAGGAAAGAGCAGAGUUGAAGAAUGAAAAUCCAUUUCUCGUGAGAGAGGAACCGGCCUUCUUAUCAGCUAAGCACAUGCUUCGGCGGCCGAAGACUUUGACUUGAAGGGUAAAAGGAGGCACCUUCUAACUCUUUCUCUCUUUUUCAAGCCCACAGCUGUGUGCGAGGAAAAUAAACGAUAAAGGCAAUGUUGUCAUUAUUUCUUUGAAUGCAGGAUACAGACACGUGUUGGUAAAACAGAGCAAAAUGAGGAAUGGAAGUGAAAUGUAAGGAAGUAAAUUGUAGUUGGCUUUAUCCCAGGGGCACAUUAUGUUAAAUGAUGCAGAUUGAAAGUAGCCGGGUCAGUCUCAGAUGCUCGAGUGGAAAACAAAACCCUGAAGGAUUUUCUCACUUGCACUGAUUUAUUAUUGUGAGGAUUUUCUGUUUUCAUUGACUUCUUUGCAUUUCUAAGUUUCUCUAAGAGAAAAAAACGCCCGUAGAUGUUGACUUUUUUUUCUUGAUUUCAGUGUAAACGUGCAGCGAGGUUUAAUAAAUGGAGGGUGUUUGUGGAGGAUAUGGUGCUACCCUGUCAGGCUGAACGAUCAAUGUCCUUGUUGCGGGCUACUAUCUCUUAGAAAGGCGUCGGUGAUUUAAAAACCAUGCGUUGGUGUUUGAUGUUUGCAAACAGCAAGACAGCGGAGGAGACAGUGAUAGUUAAAGUGUCCAGGGGAUGUUGAUGAAGCAGGGAGAGAGAGGGUGACAGGAGUAGUUUAGAGGAGCUGGCUCUAAUGGACUCAAUUCAUAUCCAAAUUCAUGCCCGGUUCAAAUCGACGGCCUCGCUCAGCCAAGGGCUUAACUUUUCCUGGCGUCACAUCUUCACCAUCUAACGUCCCCUCCGGCCCGCUCUCGUCUUUUUCCCUUUUGUCAUCUCUGCAUUCGCUUCACACACACUGCACCAAAAAGCCUCCCGCUUCCUUUUUUCUUGCAGACCUCGGCUCUCUCCUCACGCCCAUCACCCCUUACACUGUGAAUAUGAGACAUGCCAUAAAUGUGUAUAUAUAUAUCUAAGAAGCAUCGGAAUGUCUUAAAAAGCGCUUUCACAACAAGGCGUGAAUUGGAUCUGGAUCUAUCCUUUGUUGAUUUCCAUCAUUUCAGUGCAUAGAUCGGAAUAAUUUCCUUUACUCCCCCAGUCUCACCAAGAGGAUUAGAGAAAAUGACUCAGGUAGUUUAAAUCUUCAGGCUUGUCUUAGUUUUUCCUGCAUGCCAUUAUGGUAAAGCCAUACAAGAUAGCUGUAUAUAUCUAUAAACAGAGUACUCUUUAAAGUCUAUUUUAUACAUAUAGCUUACAAAUGUCUACUCGUGGAUGACUGAAAAAGUCUCACUGUCACAUGUCUCUUACACGGUCAGUCAGCAGAUUGACCGGAUUCAGCAUUCAGAGAUAACUACCCUAUGAAAACAAUGCUAGAAAAACAAAGGGAACACAGCUUUUUUUUCUAGAUGUUGAAGAUAUUUGACAUUUUACAAAACACAGACUUUUGCUGUCGUUUCUUUUAGUUCAAUGGGAAGAUUGAUAACACGCUCACAUCCCAUAGUCUCAUCGGUCUUCUUAUCUAACUCUCCACAAGAUUACAGUUGAGCUCUGUCUCCAUAAAAUGACGUCCUGCACAACGAAACUACAUUCUCAAAAACGUUUGAGGGAAAUGCAUCUCCUCCCCAGAUAAUGUCACACAUUAGUAAUCAGGGUAUUUUCACUGUAUAUUCUAUUGCUUUCCUACUGUUGCUUCAUUGAAGGACAUUUAAAUGUAGAAAAAUGAUGACAUGUGACAGAUAGAUAGAUAGACAGGUAGAUAGAUAGAUAGAUAGAUAGAUAGAUAGAUAGAUAGAUAGAUAGAUAGAUAGAUAGAUAGAUAGAUAGAUAGAUAGAUAGAUAGAUAGAUAGAUAGAGAUCAAACUGUAUUUUGACAGUUUAUGCUUAUUACUCGU